AUCUUUUCUCAAAUACUAUUUAAAGUUCCUACUUUCAUACUCAUCAUCAUUCUAUAUUUACUUAUCUUUUUUUUAUUUAUUUAUUUCCUACUUUAUCUCCUUUUUUUCGCGAUUAGUUGAAAUAAAGAAGUAAAAAAAAAAAGGAAUAUUUAUAAUGUCACAAGAUUUAUUCAAUGUUCCUAUCUUUUUUAUUGUAUUCCGUGAGACAUUCGAAGCUGCAAUCAUUGUCUCUGUCUUAUUAUCUUUUGUAAAGAAAGUGUUUGAUCCUAACACUUUGUUGUAUAAACGUUUGCGCAAUCAAAUUUGGAUAGGAGCAGCGCUAGGUUUAUUUUUGUGUUUAUGCAUUGGUGCAGCCUUUAUUGCUGUUUGGUAUACUGUUCUUACUGACCUUUGGGGUAAUUCUGAAGAUAUUUGGGAAGGCGUCUUUUCUCUUAUUGCUACUAUUAUGAUUUCUAUUAUGGGUUUGGCUAUGCUUCGUACUGAAAGGAUGCAGGAUAAAUGGAAGCACAAAUUAGCAAAGAUUUUAGAAGAAAAGGGCCACAAAAUUGGUUUUAAAGCUUGGAUGCAAAAGUAUUCCUUUUUUUUCCUUCCUUUUAUUACCGUUUUGAGAGAAGGUCUUGAAGCUGUUGUAUUUAUUGGAGGUGUCUCUCUUAAUGUUGUUGCCAAAUCUAUUCCUAUUGCUGCUAUUAUGGGCUUUCUUUGCGGCUGUGCUGUAGGCUAUGCUAUUUAUCGUGGUGGUAGUCUUCUUCAUUUAAGAUGGUUCUUUAUCUUUUCUACCAUUAUUUUGUAUUUAGUCUCUGCUGGUUUAAUGUCUAAAGCCGUUGGAUACUUUGAACAAAAUGCCUGGAAUCAAGUUAUUGGUGGUGAAACAGCCGAAGAAGGUGGUUCUGUUAUUAAUUAUAAAGUUACAACCGCUGUUUGGCACGUUUCUUGGGGUGAUCCUGAACAAAAUACUGAUGGCAAUGGUGGCUGGCAAAUUUUUAAUGCUAUUCUUGGUUGGAAUAAUACAGCUACCUAUGGUACUAUUAUUAGUUACUGUCUCUAUUGGAUACUUAUCUCACAUGCCCUUAUCUAUAUGUAUUGGAAAGAAAGACGUAAUGCGAUAAAUAAACUCCAAAAUGGCGAAUGGGAAGAAGAUGCUGAUGUUGCGCUUGAAAAUGCAAAGAACUAUAUUGACAAACAAGGUCAAAUUGUAGGAGAAACUGUGGUUACUAGAGAUAAUCCUAUGACACCCACGUCAAGUCAAAAGUUUGAAAACACAAUUGAACUUGAUGAAAUGAUUGAUAAUCAUUUACCACAUUUAAAGUAAACUUUUGCCGCCUUAUAUCUCAUUAAAUCUCCUCUUUCAUUAUUAUUCUUGUUUGUUUUAUCCUAUACACUACCUCUAUCUUUGUUACAGUAUUUACUAAUAUAUCUUUUUUUUUUGUUAAUCCCCUGAUCUUACAAAAUAAUCACUUUAUAUCUGUCUUUUAAUAAAUCAACCUUAAUAAUACAA